AUGGCCGAUCUCACAUCAUCUCUCUCCAUCCUCACGGACAACCCCGCGAUGGCCGUGUUCAACGAUGCAUACACCGCGUUCUCCGAGCGCAGGGCACAGCUCAACCUGCCCAACCCCGGCACCGUGGAUAACAUCGCGCGCGAGGUGCAAAAGGAGGUUCUGCUGUCCAACUUCAUGUUCUCAGGCCUCCGGGCAGACCUGACCAAGGUGUUUGGCAUGUCUCCUCUGUUCCGGGUAUCCCAUGCCUUCUCCAUGGGCUCGUCCGGCAACCUGCCUCCGUACGCUUUCUCCUCCAUGUACGGCAGCCCCAAGGUCUUCAUGCAGGGUAACCUCGGCAGCGACGGUACCCUCUCGGCCGUCUACAACUGGCGCUGGAACCAGGCUUUGGUUACCAAGACCAAUGCCCAGAUCAUGCCCGGCGGUGCCCAGGGUCUCAUGCAGAUCGACAACGACUACACCGGCAAGGACUUCUCCGCAUCGCUGAAGGCUUUCAACCCGUCUUUCCUCGAGGGCGGCCUCACCGGCAUCUUCGUUGGUAGCUACCUCCAGUCCAUCACACCCAGCCUGGCCCUCGGCUUCGAGGCUAUUUGGCAGCGCCAGGGCCUGAACACCCGCCCCGAGACUGCUCUGUCCUACUGCGCCAAGUACAAGGGAGAUGACUGGAUUGGUACCGCUCAGUUGCAGGCCCAGGGUACCUUCGCCGCUACCUACUGGCGCAAGCUGUCCGAGCGUGUUGAGGCUGGUGUCGACAUGAACCUCCAGUUCUCCCCCAGCGCUGCUGCUAUGAUGAUGGGCGGUCCCACCCGGGAUGGUACCACUGCCAUUGGUGCCAAGUACGACUUCCGUGCUUCUUCGUUCCGCGCCCAGGUCGACAGCGCCGGCAAGGUUAGCUGCCUUCUGGAGAAGCGCAUUGCCAUGCCCAUCUCUCUGACCUUUGCGGGUGAGAUUGACCAGGCCAAGCAAACGGCCAAGGUCGGCCUCGCUGUCUCUCUCGAGAUCGCCGGCGAGGAGCUGAUGGAGCUGCAGGAGAAGGCCGAUGCGGCCAGCAUGACCCCUCCUCCCUUCUAA